GGGCAGAAGUGACCUCGGGACUGGGAGACCCCCACACGUGCCAGGGAGGCUGGGAGGGCCCCGACCGUCGGAAUGGCCCGGGGCAAGGCUCAUCCGCUCCGCCAGCCCCGGUCUCCCGCUCCGCGGGGCGCGGCGCGGUCUCCGCAGGCUCCGGCCCCGCCCGGAGGAAUCCGGCGGCGCGGCCGCGGGUCCCAGGUGAGGCCCCCUGGAAAGCGCCCAGCGCGCGGCCCGGCGAGGGCGGGCAUCUGGGGUGGGGACCGCCCCCCGGCCUCCGCCCGCCCGCACACCCUCGCCGCUCCGGGCGGCGGCGACGACGCUUUAAACAGAAAAAAAAAGAAAGAAAGAAAAAAAAAAAAAAGAAAAAAAAAAACUCUCUCCCUGGCCCGGGGCCAGCGUCCCAGCCCCCCUCGCCGCAGCCGCGCCGCUCUCCAGCCGAGAAAACAACUGCUCACUGCUGCUGCGUCCGCCGCGCGCGCCCUUGCUGCCCCGCGGCCGCGGGACGGAGCCGGCCGGGGAGGCGCGCCGCGGGCGCCGCGGGCCUCGCUCCUCCUCUCCGCCGGCCUCGCCGCUGCGGCCUCCGCGCCGCGCCGGGCUGCGCCUUCCCUCCUCCUCCUCCCCCCGGGCCCCGAGCACUUUCUGGGCCCCGCGCAGCCCGGCCUCCAUCUCGAGGUCGCCUCUCCGGUCCCCUCGCCCCCCGCCGCCCGCUCGCGCGCCACAGCCCAGGGCCCUCGGGCGCCGGGCCCCAAGCCCCGGCCCGUGCGCGCCCGCCGGGCUCCCGCGGCCCCGCAUGCCCGGGCCGCCCGGGGCUGCCGGCGGCCCGGCUCCUGAGAUGCGCGGGGCGGGGGCGGCGGGGCUGCUGGCGCUGCUGCUGCUGGCGCUGCCCGGCCCGGGCGGCGGGGCGGCGGGGGGGCCGGCGGGCGAGCGCGGCGCCGGCGGGGGCGGGGCGCUGGCCCGCGAGCGCUUCAAGGUGGUCUUUGCGCCCGUGAUCUGCAAGCGGACCUGUCUCAAGGGCCAGUGCCGGGACAGUUGCCAGCAGGGCUCCAACAUGACGCUCAUCGGAGAGAACGGCCACAGCACCGACACGCUCACGGGCUCCGGCUUCCGCGUGGUGGUGUGCCCCCUGCCCUGCAUGAAUGGCGGGCAGUGCUCCUCCCGCAACCAGUGCCUGUGUCCGCCGGACUUCACCGGGCGCUUCUGUCAGGUGCCCGCCGGAGGAGCCAGCGGGGCCAGCGGCGGCGCAGGUCCCGCGCUGGGCCGAGCCGGGGCCCUGUCUACAGGCGCGCUGCCGCCCCUGGCUCCGGAGGGCGAGUCUGUGGCCAGCAAGCACGCCAUCUACGCCGUCCAGGUGAUCGCCGACCCUCCCGGGCCGGGGGAGGGGCCCCCUGCCCAGCAUGCAGCCUUCCUGGUGCCCCUGGGGCCGGGACAGAUCUCAGCGGAAGUGCAGGCCCCGCCCCCCGUGGUGAACGUUCGCGUCCACCACCCGCCCGAGGCCUCGGUGCAGGUGCACCGCAUCGAGGGGUCCAACGCCGAGGGCCCGGCCCCCUCCCAGCACCUGCUGCCGCACCCCAAGCCCCCGCACCCCCGCCCACCCACCCAGAAGCCCCUGGGCCGCUGCUUCCAAGACACGCUGCCCAAGCAGCCUUGUGGCAGCAACCCCCUCCCCGGCCUCACCAAGCAAGAGGACUGCUGUGGCAGCAUCGGCACCGCCUGGGGCCAGAGCAAGUGCCACAAGUGCCCCCAGCUGCAGUACACAGGGGUGCAGAAGCCAGGGCCUGUCCGUGGGGAGGUGGGCACUGACUGCCCCCAGGGCUAUAAGAGGCUGAACAGCACCCACUGCCAGGACAUCAACGAGUGCGCGAUGCCCGGCAUGUGUCGCCAUGGUGACUGCCUCAACAACCCUGGCUCCUACCGCUGCGUCUGCCCGCCCGGCCACAGCCUGGGCCCCUCCCGCACACAGUGCAUUGCGGACAAGCCGGAGGAGAAGAGCUUGUGUUUCCGCCUGGUGAGCCCGGAGCACCAGUGUCAGCACCCACUGACCACGCGCCUCACCCGCCAGCUGUGCUGCUGCAGCGUGGGCAAGGCCUGGGGCGCGCGGUGCCAGCGCUGCCCAGCAGAUGGCACUGCUGCCUUCAAGGAGAUCUGCCCAGCUGGGAAGGGGUACCACAUCCUCACCUCCCACCAGACACUCACCAUUCAGGGCGAAAGCGACUUUUCUCUUUUCCUGCACCCUGAUGGGCCACCCAAGCCCCAGCAGCCCCCUGAGAGCCCCAGCCGGGCGCCGCCACCUGAGGACGCAGAUGAAGAGAGAG